CAAUUGUUGUAAUGAACAGUUGAACACCGUCGAUAGUUGAGAAUAACCCUAAGUAAGACACAUGGAAGAAGAGGCUUUCAUUAUUCAUUAAUCAAGGGUUAAUCAUAAUCACAACCAUAAUUAUACUAUUACUAUUACAAUAUUCUCCCACUAUCCUCUGCUUUUACGUCUCUUCCAUUAAAUUCCCUGUAAAAAUUAGAACACCAAACAACAAUUGAAAAUGAGUUUAGUAGAGUUAAUAACAAGAGUAGACGCAAUUUGCAACAAAUACGACAAGUACGACGUCGAUAAACACCGUAAUUUCGAUGUUUCCGGUGAAGAUGCUUUCGGUCGUUUCUACUCGGAGUUUCAGUCUAACAUCGACGCCGUUGUCGCAAAAUCUGACGCCGCUUCUUCGGAGAAAAAUAGGGCUUCUGCUGUCGCUUUGUUUGCCGAUGUUAGACGAACUAAAACUCGUUUACUUGAACAACUUCCUAAGUUACACAAAUUAGCUCAUAAAAAGGUGAAAGGGUUUUCAAGGGAGGAGCUUGAAGCUCGGAACGAUUUAGUGUCUGUUCUGAAGGAGAGGAUUGAGUCAAUACCAGAUGGUACACCAGGUAUACCCAAGCAAAGUGGUGGAUGGACGGCUGCAGCCUCAACAACAGCUGUUAGAAUAGACACCCAUUCAGAGGCUUGGACUCGUACUGGGUAUUUUCAGCAAAGUGAAGAGUCUGUUCAAUUUAAGCAGGAGUAUGAAAUGCGGAAAAUGAAGCAGGAUGAAGGCUUGGAUUUUAUUGCUGAAGGACUGGAUACACUGAAAGAUAUGGCCGAAGCUAUGAAUGAGGAGUUAGAUAGACAAGAGCCACUAAUGGAUGAAAUGGAUACUAAGGCUGACAGAGCAGCAUCUGAUCUCAAAAGUACCAAUGUAAGACUCAAGGACACAUUAAACCAGCUGAGAUCCAGUCGCAACUUCUGCCUCGACAUCAUACUCUUGUCUUUAAUUUUGGGAAUCGCUGCUUACUUGUAUAAUGUGUUGAAGUGAGCUUGGCGCUGUCAGUUGUGCAUAACUAGUACGUACCAGCUUUUCUAUUGUAGAAUUUGUACACACAGACACAGUAUAUUAUGUAUCUCCCGUCUAUAGUUCUAACUUCUACGUAUAAAGUAUAUUUUGUAUCUCCCUUCUAUGGUAACACACACACACAUGACAUAUUACUCAUGACUCAUGCGUGGAGAGUCUAGUAUGCUGUAGGAUUGAAUUCUAAGUAUAGUUUUUCUUGUACGUACUUUGGGACUUGGGAGUAUGGUUGUACUUGUACAGGCAACUAAUCUGAAAAAGUAUGAUUUGGUUUUCAAAUUGGUACCUCCGGAGAACACCCGAGAAUUUGCACUAUGAAGCUUUUAGGCAUUAA